CUGCCUGUCUGCCUGCAAUUGCAAGUGUUUGCAGUGAUUAUAUUUUUUUAAUCCAGCUUCUUUAUUUCUGGCCCAACGUUUAUUAUAUUUGUGUAAUUCUGGUUAUCUCGCUGAGUGGUCCAGAUUUUUUUAAAUUUAAGCGUACAAUGUCGGUGAUCGAGUUCCUAAAGGAUCUGCCGUCUUACGAUGAACAUAACUUUACAUUGUACAACACAGAUCAUGGCAUCAGAUACUGCUCUAAGAGACCUUCAAUAUACCUCCCCACUAAGGACAUACCUUCAGAACAGAUAAUAGUCACAGAAAAAACAAAUAUCCUCCUAAGAUAUCUACACCAGCAAUGGGAGAAAAAGAACAACAACUCCCCCAAAAAAAGGGACCAGAGCCACCUCGAGCAGAACGGCGACGAGCCCCGCCCGCGCAAGAGGCCCUGUCUCAACUCCCCACUCAACUGAAACCACUUCGGAACGGUUGUGCUUCAGUAUUGAACAUUCAAGUGUACGGCAUUUUUGUAUUACAGUUUGUAUUCCGCUAUAUCAAAAUAUAA